AUGGCUGAUUGCCCUGAUGAGACUGCAGCUGCUCCAGUUGCAUCCGAGCACCUGCAGCAUCCUCAGGCGAACGAAACCAUGCCAAAGCGAAGGCGAAAACCGCCAGCUCUGUACGAGCCGUCGCCCGACAGUCCAGCAGCGCAGCCGACCCAUGGAAGCAAUAAGACUGCUGCGAAUACAGUUACCACGGCCGCUGGAGCGUCGCGCAAGGCGGCUGAGGCAACGGGUGGUCGUGGACAGCAGCGCGCGCGAGUUGGCGCCAAAUCCGCGUCGUCGUCGUCGUCCUCCUCGUCAUCAUCCGCAGCAGAUCAAGCUUCGACUGCCCCUGCUGCUUUAAGUCAGGCUGCACAGAGCGUGUUCUUUACUGAGCCAAACGCGCAGGCUGCUGCGUUUGAGCAGGCACGCGCGGCCGUUGCUUCCGCAGGGAUCAAUGGAAAUUUGGCGCCAAAAGCUGCCUCGCAUGCCUCGAGUGCUGCAGUCUUCAUCCAAGCGGCACGGCAAUCCACAGUGUCGUUACUGUCUGAAAUGCGCAGCGCAUUCCUUGCCCGACAAGCAGCAAAGUUAGCAGAGGUCGCCGAACCAGUCCCAAGCGACAGUCUCGAAGAUGUUAUGAAAGAAGGAGAUUCAAUCGACACUGUUCGAAAAGAGCAAGUCUUCCGAGAUAGCCUGACUGAAAAUGAUCUGGCUAUUAUUGAGAAGCGUAUCGCACUACAGAAGCAACAAUUCGAGGCCUUCAAGCGAAAAGACGCGCAAACCCGCAUCAAAAAGCUGCUGAGCGUUUAUCCUUACUUGACGGAAGAAGAAGCUCGCUUUGCUUUAGAAGAGUGCCGCGAUGAGGAUGACGCCAUUCUCAAGUUUGCAGAUCCCACCCAAAGCUUCCUCGUGGAAGUGCGCAAAAAGACCGCCCUGCAUUACAACCCAAACACUGCUGACGAACUUGUUGUCAUUCCAGACGCUAUUGCACCACCGGCGCCCGAGCAACAGGAGGCUUAUCGAUUCAUGAUCACCAAGCGCCAGCAAAAGGCAACAAAAACGGCCAAGACGGCAACCGUCGAGCAGAAGAAACGCCAGGCAAAGUAUAACAAGGCCACAAGGCCCCUUUCGCUGAAAGAAGCCAUGUCGCAGCUGAAUACCACGACAGACGCCGCAGCGGGCUUCAAGGACUGGUCAGAAGCCCGCAUUCGCGCGUACAAGUCGAUCGACGUCAACCCCAAUGCCUAUUACUACCGGUUUAACGCGCCCAACGAAGAGCCUCGCAAUGGCGCAUGGACACAGGACGAAAAACAACUCUUUUUCGAACGGUUGCGCGAAAUCGGCGCAGAUGGACAAUGGGGCAUCUUCUCAAUGGCCAUUCCUGGGCGUGUUGGGUAUCAGUGCUCCAACUUUUACCGCAAGCUCAUCCGUGUUGGUGAACUGAAAGACAACAACUAUCUUGUCGAUCCUGUCAAAGGAUCGGUCCAUUACUUGUUCACGUUGCGCGCAGACGACGGCGGCCUUGUUCAAAAAGUCCGGCAGUUCCAACGAAAACGACAAGAGGACGACGACGACGACGACGACGACGAGGAGGACGAGGCGCAGAAUCCGGUGGCAGCGCCCAUGGACACUCCGUCUGCCACUGGCAAUGACUCUGGCACGGACUGCGACGUCAAGCCAGAUGUCUCGGGCAAGAGGCCAUACACAUCUCGCAAGCGUGAAAUGAUUUUCAAGCGAGAAAAGCGACCACGCUUGGCCGAACCUUCAGCCACCGUAUUCGUGCCGCCGUCAGAGGUGAAGCCUCGUGAGCCCAAACGGCGCGGUCGGAAAACCAAACUAAUGCUGCAAAUGGAGCGCGAGGCUGCCGAGCGAUACGAGUUGGAGCACGGUGGGGAACACCCUCCAGGUCCCAGCUUUCCCGAAUUCAGGUUGCCUCCAGGUCCAAAUACCCUGCUUCCUCCAGUACCCAAGCCUCCGCCAUCGCAAAGGAUUGCCAUUUCUGGCCUGACAAAGGUCAAGCCAACCAAGGGGCGGGCACAAAAGAACGACUCUUCAGGCGACGAAGAGUUUGGCGCAACUGGCCCGUCCGUCGUUGGCAAAAAGCCGUCUCACGUCGCCGCCUCUUCCUCUUCCGGCAACCCUAGCACUACAGCGGCCACUGCGAGCAAGAAGAACAGUAAACGCAAUGUACCCAAAGAGCCCUCGUACGAGGACGACGAGGACAUGCAGCUGCAUGGCGAUACCUUGCAAUGGAAGCCACGCGAGGGCUUUUACACGACCAGUCGACUGCGAAAGAUGCGCGGGGAGCUGAACGAGGCUGACAUGAUUGAGGCAGGCAUUUCAGACUUUUUGCCGGAUCUCGUCGACCCCAUCACACUAGAUCGCGUCGUGAUGCCUGCCAUUUCUCCCGCUGGUCAUGUCAUGAGUUACUCGAGUUGGCUGCAGUGCAUCGAAGAAACAGGUCUCUGUCCGCUCACCAAGUCUCCGAUGCGCAAGCGGGAUCUCGUUCUUCUGACUCCCGACAACAUUGAGCAGUACCGCGACAAGAUUUUCUUCGCCCUGGCGUCCCCGUCGUCCCCGUCGUCGUCCUCGGUGCGAGAGCUGACCUCCCCACUGGACAGUAUUCUCCCGUCGCCGGAUCCCACCGUCGGACACCCGCACCACCGCCACCCCAGCAGCAACAAUAGCAACAGCAACAACAACAACAGCACCACCAACAACAGUAGCAGCGGUAUCCUCAACACUUCUGGUGGCAGUGGUAGCACCGGACAGAGUCAGAGCCGCGCCACACGACACUCGACCUUGAGCAUCAAUCGCGCCUUCCGCUGCUCGGCAAGUGGCUCGCAAGAAUCAAGCAGCAUUGGCCAACAGUACUAUGGAAGCAAUGCUGCAGCCGGAGUUGCACCGGCAAUGCGAUUACCAUCGACUUCGUUUGCGAGCUCGGGAGGUCUGAACAAUUCAAACUCGAGCUCGUUUUUGACAAAUGGCGACUUCCCCUACAAUUCGAGGGUGCACCGCAUGGGAUCAUCCACUCCGCCACAGUUACAGCAGCAGGACAUUUCGGAUUUGGAUUUCCUCCAACAAUACGUCAGCGUUCCUCACCCCAAUCAAGAUGCGGCGGGCACAGAAGACAGAACGACGGUUGCACUCGAGAACUGCCAGAAGACGGUUGUGGCACCAAUGACGUUCUUGCUCACCUUCCUUGCCUGGCGGCCAUUUUCAAGAGUGCAAAAACCAUUCAGCUUCCUCUACUUUGUAUUCUUUUUGUCGCUGCUCUUUUACAACUAUGUUUACGACAUUGUUGUGUGUCAGCAGCAGCCUGGUCUGUGCCCCAACCUGAUUUCCAAGUUUAUCGUGCCAGACUGCUUGCAUCUUGCGUCGUACCUUUACGGCCUGUACUAUUUCCGGCUGCACUCGGGGUUUGACGAGAACACGGCCUUGAUCGAGACGGUCUUCCUCCAGUCCACCACGGGCAGCAUCCGCACGCUGUUUGGCGACCUCUCGCAGUCCCAGCUCGUCAAGACACUGCGUUGGUAUCUCGCGGCCGGCAUCGGCUGGCUGGCCAUUCGCCUGACUUACAACUUGGUCAAGUACACUGUUGUCCAGACGUCGACCUUUGACACUGGCGUUCGCAGCAUGACCACCAUCUUUAUGGUCGUUGCCACCUUUGCUGCGGACUGUGUGUACGUUGUGAUUGUCACCUGCUAUGCCAUCCAAUGUCGGCUGCUGCUCUUUUACAUUGAUGGCCUUCGCAACCGCAUCAACCAACGCCAGCAUCCCCUGUCGACUGCCAUGAAGGAGCUCAUGCAAAUUCAGCGGUUUGUCAAGAAGCUGAACAACGGCCUCGGCAAGGUGGUGGGUCUGUCCGUGUUCAUGUUCACCCUGCUGACCAUUUCUCCAUUCGUCCUGUUCUUGGACAAGGACACGCUGGCCUCGUACACGGAUGUGCACAAAGGUGUUGUUUUGUGCGAAUUGGCCGUUUGGCUUCUGAUGCUGGGCACAACGCUGGUUCAGGCGGCUCGUCUCACGGCCAAAUGCCUGUCGCUCAAGGACGUGGCCAUUGUCGUGCGACACGAAGGUCAUUUGAACGCAACGACUGCCGAGCUGGACUCGUUUAUGCUCUUCACCAUCAAUCUGCGCAUGCCUGCAAAGAUUUUCGCUGUUACCGUCACUGCAGGAUUGUUGAUGCGCGCGAUUUUCGUGUCUGGCGUGAUUGUGCUGAUGCUCUUCCAGAUCGGUGCCAUUCAGCUGUUUAUUGGCGCCAACUGA